AUGAGAACGAUUAUUCUUGUCUUUCUGUGGCUCACCGCCGUCAGUUCCCAUCCCCGUGGAAUCGACUGGGGCUAUGCUAUAAAGUAUCACCAGCAAGUCCUCCAAGGAGAUGACGAUCGAGGAUUUGGGCUUAACGAGCCAUUCAUCCCAACUCCAUCUCAUAUCCUUCCUGAAAAGAAACCUUUUUAUAUUGAUGAAUCCGUCAAUUACUACGAGAGACACUUCAAUGGCUCGGGGAAAGACGGGGAAUACCGUCGCUCGUCAUGUCCCGCGGUAAAUGCGCUGGCGAACCGGGGGUAUAUCAAUCGAAGUGGAAGGAAUAUCACCUACGCUGAGCUGGCGCAUGCCGUCCGCAAGGUGUGGAAUUUUGGCGAUGAUAACGAUGACCUGGUACAGUAUGUGAUCAAUUGUCCGGCCGCGCCAACUCGCAACGACCGUGCAGUAGGCGACAAUAUCAACCUCAACAUGACUCUAUUCGAGACCCUGCUCUCAUUCUCUAAGGACGGCGAGACUUUAUCCUUAGAAGACAUGGCGGAGCACCAUCACCUGCGACACAACCAAAGCAAAGCAGAAAACCCAGAAUUUGUCUUCGGAAGCAGUGCCCAGUACACGAACAUGGUGGGUGUGCUGGGUAAGUUCGGCAAGCACGGCCGAACAACCCUCUUCAUUGACGACGUCAAGACAUUCUAUCUGGACGAGGACAUACCCCGGAACUACGAACGAAGAGAAGCACCAGUAUGUAGCCUCCCCCCGACGGACUCAAUCCUCUUCGUAGCAGCCACGACUGACAAGUUCAGCACUACUCGCCGGAAUCCAACGCGAUGA